AUGCCUGUCUUUGAGACCUCCACGACGACGAGCAUGAAAUCGCCAUCACCACCGAUCUCACCCCGCCUACUCUCCUACUUAUUCACCUCGCUAUCCUCACACUCCCCAAUUCACACACCUGACAUUGCGCCGCUAUUACCAAACUCACCACCACGUAAAUGGUAUCUCCGACGCAUUCUCCGCAGCGACAACCCCACAGAAAUCAACGGCGAACUCACCGGGAUCGCGACUUUUCAUCCUCUGAUUAACAAUCACAAUAAUAGUAAUAUCGAUAAUGACAGGAAGCACAAACACAGAGAAAUGGUUUACAGGGAAGAGGGCGAAAUGCCGAGUACCGUACCAGGCAUGGCGGGCCUGAAGUGGACUAAGAAAUAUAUCUGGCGAUUGAACAAUAGCAGCAACGACGCCUUGAACACAUCAGAAGACGCAAAAGAAACAGAUGAAAACCUUGAGCUCAGCGCUGGUGCUGGCGGAAUCAGUAUCUGGUUCGUCAAAAUCAAAUCUGGCCGUGAGCGAAACAAGGAAGAUCAAGAGACACAAGAAGAGGCAGAUUAUCUCUUCCACAAAUUUGAUUUUGGUCAGCAACAAGGCAAUAAUGACACCGUCACCGUCACCGAUGAGAAGACGGGAACCCUUUCCUUACAACCGCCCACACCCCCGCUAUUAGCAUCGUCUUCGACUCUGGCACAGGCAUACCCGGAGACCGAAGUGAUACAUGCGCGAGGAGACCAUCUUUGUGUAAAGGAUAUGUACUACACAGCAUACUCGUUCAGAAUAGUGCCAGAAACGGGCGAGGUGCUGAGCUGGGCUAGUAGACAUGUCGUCAAGGGGCCGAAAAAGAAUCAGGAUAUUGUCAAUUUGUAUUCAAUUGAAGGGUAA